UUUUCUAAAGUGACAACAUGGGAAUAUGAAAGUCUCCACACAUCCAUUUAAAGAUAUUGCAUGUAGUGCGACGUUACAGUUGUUGGUAAUUUUUUGAAUGAUCCACUCUGUACAAUAUAAUUACAUAUUAAAAUUAAGCAAUCAGUAUUUAUUACAAAUAAUUGUUGGUAUUACGAAGACAGUGGAAAAAUGGCAAUAUUUAGUCAACAGUCAAUCAUAUUACUGUUCCUACACUGUUACAUUGCAACAGGCCAAGCAAGAUAUCGUGAAUGUGAAAAGGUAAAUACUUCAGUGUGCAGAAAUUUGAAUGGUAAUGGAUAUGCGUACACAUCCUUUCCGAAUUUUCUCAACCAAUCUUCACAACAACAGGCUGCAGCAGAUCUAAAUACCUACAAACCAUUGAUUACUUCUAAUUGUGCUAAAGAAUUAUUGUUAUUCCUGUGCACUACAUACAUCCCUAUUUGUCAACCAGAAUACACUUCGUUUCGCAUUGCCCCAUGCAAAUCACUGUGUCGAAAUUCAAGGCGUGCUUGCGAACCAACGUUAAAGAAAUCUGGAUAUGAAUGGCCUGAGAAUUUAAAUUGCAACAAAUUUCCAGAACAAAAUGAAGGAGUAUGCGUGACGUUGCCAGGAGAAAUUGCCCCUCAACGCCAAGUAACAAAAUCAGGUUUUGUCGAAGUACAAAAAGGGGAAAAAAUCAAUUUUGAAUGCCCACAUGGCAGAAAAAUCUACAUAAGGAAAGUUCGUCUCCACCCAAAGCAUCAUAAUUGUUGCCAAGUAUUAUCAAAAGCAAUCAUCUCAAACAUGUGCAAUGGAAAAGAAAAAUGUUCGUUUACUCUAGACGAAAAAGUAUUUAAAUAUUCAUGUCUUGUGGAUGUCAAUAAACUUCUUUCAAAAUUCAAAUGCGUCAGGUCGAGUAUAACUGUACCCACCAUGACAAGAAUUCCAACGUGCAGUAACGAAUUAUUUUGAGCAAUAAUUUCUACUUGUUUAUGUGUUUGUCUUCCUUUAAUUUAGACUUACGCUUAUCCUAAUUAAACGAAAUAUAUUAAAAGGUAUCAACGUAUUAUCAUGGAAAAUAAAUUUUAAUGUAUAUUUCAA